AUGUCUGUUCACCAGUUUGUGGCCCAUUUUCUAAGAAAAGAAGGGUACAAUGAUACGUUGAAGGCGUUUGAAAACGAACACGGCAAGCCAAUUCCCGCAGAGUUGCCUCACCAGGAAGAUCUUCUGGAUAUCAUCAACGAUAGACUCAAGUACUUGAGCAUUGAAGAAAAACCACAGAGUCUGCAUGAAAUAUUGCUUAGUGAGGAGUUGAAGGAGUUGAAAAGGGCUCAAUUCAAGGAAUGGCUGGCGCCGUACCCUCGUGCAGCCAAGGAAUUGUCGUCAGUUAAGGAAUUGGCGGUUGCAAGUGCUGUAUUUGAGAAGGACGGGAAGAAGUAUGGUAUUUUUGCCAGUGCCAAGAUGGAAUUGAGUGUUAUGGAUUUGGAUUUGGAUUCGGGCGAGUUGGUGGUUCUGGUGCCUCGUGUGAUUGGACCUGUGGUGGUUAGAAGGCUCCAGGUGGUGGGAACUCCACAGCAAGUUGAUUGCAGAGAUGGUGGUGGUUUCAUGGAACAAAAGGACUAUUUGGUGUCUGUGGGAUGGGAUCUACUUGUUAAGGUUCAUGAACUCCUGGACACUUCUCUUGAAGAGGCAUUUGAACCAUACACUAUUUCGAACCGAGGGCUUUGCAUGGAUGCUUGCGUUUACCAGGACCAGCUUGUUAUUUUAUUGGGCAAGUCAGAAAUGACACUUAUGGAUGUGCUUACAGUUAAAGAAGGUAAGGUUGAGCUUGCGUUUAAAAUCGCCCUUAACGAUGCUGAAUUCAGUGCCGCAGGCUUUUCGCCCCAUGCCAUUAAGAUCUAUAAUGGUGGGCCAGUUCCCUUGGUCGCUGUGGGCACUUCCCAUGAACCAUACAUGCGUUUGGUGCUUGUAUCGCUUAAAGAGUUCGGCAAGGAAGGCGACAGUAUACGAAGAAAUCAGAUCAUCACCAAUAUCAACAGCAUGUCUCCCCAGGAUAAGUUCAGCCAGGCACUUAUUACCUGGAGACCAGAUGGCAGUGGGGUGUGGGUAUUUGGCGAGGACGGAACCGUCAGAGGCAUUGAUUUACUUAAAGAGGAGGUAGCUGUUGAGCUUAAAAAGUGUCAAAACAGAAUCAAGAGUUUUGGAGAGUAUAAAGAUUCGUUGCUUGUGUGUGAUACCAACCGAGAGGUGGUGCUAUGGACCCAUGAACAGAAGUAG